UAUUUAUGGCACUAAAAUCAAAGCCAGAAGUUCAUUUGUUUCUUUUGUCUUGUGCCUCUCAGCAGGUCUCUGCCAUGGGUGACAGGGAAACAAGUAAUCACUCAGAAGUGACUGACUUCAUUCUUGUAGGCUUCAGGGUCCGCCCAGAGCUCCAUCUUCUCCUCUUCCUGCUGUUUCUGCUUGUUUAUACCAUGAUCCUUCUAGGGAACAUUGGGAUGAUGGCCAUUAUCAUAACUGAUCCAAGACUGAACACACCAAUGUAUUUCUUCCUAGGAAACCUCUCCUUCAUUGAUUUCUUCUAUUCAUCUGUGAUUGCACCCAAGGCUAUGAUCAACUUCUGGUCUGAGAGCAAGUCCAUCUCCUUUGCAGGCUGUGUGACUCAGUUCUUUCUCUUUGCCUUCUUCAUUGUGACCGAGGGAUUUCUCCUGGCAGCCAUGGCUUAUGACCGCUUCAUUGCCAUCUGCAAUCCACUCCUCUACUCUGUUCAGAUGUCGGCACGUCUCUGUGUUCAGUUGGUGGCUGGUUCCUAUUUCUGUGGAUGUAUCAGCUCAGUUCUUCAGACCAGCAUGACAUUCACCUUAUCCUUCUGUGCUUCUCGGACCAUUGACCACUUCUACUGUGAUACCCGCCCACUUGAGAGGAUUUCAUGUUCUGAUCUCUUUAUCUAUAAAAUGGUAUCUUUUUCUUUAACUAGCGUCAUCAUGUUGCCUACCAUCAUAGUCAUCAUUGUUUCUUACAUGUAUAUUGUGUCUGCAGUUCUCAAGAUAAGCUCCACGGAGGGACGUAAGAAAGCCUUUUCGACUUGCAGCUCUCACCUGGGAGUCGUAAGUGUGCUGUAUGGAGCUGUCUUUUUUAUGUAUCUCACACCUGACAGAUUUCCUGAGCUGAGUAAAGUGGCCUCCCUAUGUUAUACCCUAGUCACCCCCAUGUUGAAUCCUCUGAUUUACUCUCUGAGAAAUAAAGAUGUCAAAGACAGUCUCAAAAAAAUUCUCGAAAAGAAAAAUAUCAUUCUUUGAUUAACAUUUCUCUUC